AUGGAGGAUAAGAAAAAAUUAGAAGAAGAUUUAGAAUCUAACAAGUAUGAUAUUGAUGAAGAAGAUUUACUAGAAGAUGAAGGAAGGUUAAAUGAAGAAGAAAGACAAGCCGAGCUAGAAGGAGAAAGUUUAUUUGAAGAAGAUGAAGGAUUUAUUUUUGGAGCUGAUGAUGAAAAAAAAGAAAUGCAAAAGUUACGAAAUUUAGGUUUAGAUAAUGAUGAUUAUGAUGAUGAUUUUAUUGAUGAUGAAUUAGAUUAUGAAGAUAAUUUAAAAGCAAGAAGAGCAGCAGAGAGACAUAUGCAGAUGCAAAGAAAACAAGAAGGAAAAUAUGAAAAAAAUAAAUUUUGGAAAACAUUAGAAGAUCAAUUAGAAGGUGAUGAUGAAGAAGAAGACAUAUUUGAUAAGGUUGCUGAAAAGGUAGCAAAGAGAAGAGAGAAUUUACAUUUAACAGCUGAAGAAACUGAUAUUCCAGAUUUAUCAAAUUUAGAAAGUGCAAAAAUUUGUUUAUCUGUUAAUCCUAAAGAUGUAGUAUUUGAUGAAAGAUAUCAACAAGCUGCAGAUACAUGUUUUCGAUAUUUCUUACAUAAAUUUUCUUUAAAAGAUUCUAUGGGUUUAAAUAUUGAUGAAUCUAAUACAGAAUUACAUGAAGAGGAGCAUAUGAAUAGUUCCCAUCAAUAUUAUAUUGAUAAGAUAGAAAAAAUGAUUUUAAAUGAUAAACACACCUUAAUUGUAUCAGCUAAACACUUGAUUCAAUUCCAUUGUGAAAAUUUAGUUCAAUGGAUUGAAUUUAAACCUGAACAAAUAUUAGAAGUAUUACAUGAAUGUUUAAUGGUAGAAGCAUAUAGAAUAUCUCCUAAAUUAUAUAAAGGAAGAAUAUGUAAAGUUGUGUUACGUGAUUGGCCAUAUUCUACACAAUUAAGAAAUUUAAGAUGUACAGAAUUAAAUACAUUAAUAAAAGUUACAGGAGUAUGUAUUAAAAGAGGAUAUGUGUUACCAAAAUUAAGAGUAAUGUAUUUAAAAUGUAAUUCAUGUGACACUACGUUAUCAGAAGUACCUAUAUAUUUUGCUGAUGGAAAAAAACCGGUAUUACCAAGAAGAUGUCCUCAUUGUCAAUCAGCUACAUUUUCUGUUGAUAGGAUAAAAACUGCUUAUACCGAUUAUCAAAAAAUUACCUUACAAGAAUCUCCAUGUUCUGUACCAGCAGGAAGAGCACCACGACAAAGAGAAGUAGUAGUGACAGGAGAUUUAGUGGAUAAGGUGAAACCAGGUGAAGAAGUGGAAGUGUUAGGUAUAUAUAAAACAAAGUAUGAUAUCGGUUUAAAUAUAAAAUAUGGAUUUCCCAUAUUACAAACAGAAAUUGAAGCUAAUAACAUUGAAAGGAAAGAAGAUAUACAAUUAAGCGAAUUAACAGAAGAUGAUAUAAAGGAUAUAUUAAAAUUAUCAAAAGAUCCAAAUAUAAGAGAACGUAUUAUUACUUCUAUUGCACCUGCAAUUUGGGGACAUAAAGAUAUUAAGACAUCUAUUGCUUAUGCUUUAUUUGGUGGAGUACAAAAGGGUGGAGAUAGGAGUUUUUCAAAAAAUAAUGAAACUAACAAUUUUGGUGUACAAAACAGAGAUAUAUUAAAUAAUUUUAAAGGAGGUCAUACUAUAAGAGGAGAUAUUAAUGUAUUACUAUUAGGAGAUCCAGGUUUAGGAAAAUCACAAGUUUUACAAUAUGUACAUAAAACAAAUUUAAGAACUGUAUAUACUACAGGUAAAGGAGCAUCUGCUGUUGGUUUGACUGCUGGUGUUAGAAAAGAUCAUACAACUAACGAAUGGACUUUAGAAGGAGGUGCUUUGGUUUUAGCUGAUGAAGGUAUUUGUAUUAUUGACGAAUUUGAUAAAAUGACUGAUAAGGAUCGAGUUAGUAUUCAUGAAGCUAUGGAACAACAAUCGAUUUCUAUUUCAAAAGCUGGUAUAGUUACAACAUUGAGAGCAAGAUGUGCAGUUAUAGCAGCUGCUAAUCCAAUAUAUGGUCGUUAUGAUCCUACAUUAACUUUUAAAGAAAAUGUCGAUUUAUCAGAUCCAAUUUUAAGUAGGUUCGAUUUAAUUACCGUUUUGAGAGAUAUACCUAAUGUAGAUGAAGAUUUUUAUUUAGCUGAAUAUGUCGUAACAAAUCAUCAAUUAAGUCAUCCAAAAUUAGAAAAUACACAAAAUUAUCAAAAAAGAAUUGAAAAUUUAAAGAACGUUAUUGUUUCGUCAUCAGCAUAUGAACCUAUUCCUCAAGAUUUGUUACAGAAAUAUAUUAUUUAUGCUAGAACAAAUUGUAAGCCAAGUUUAUCAGAUGUUCCAUAUGCUGAAAUUAGUGCAAAAUUAUCUAAUUUUUAUAGUAGAGUAAGACAAAAAGCAAGUGCCUCAGGUGGAUAUCCAUUAACACUAAGACAUAUUGAAAGUAUUAUCAGAAUUGCAGAAGCAAAUGCAAAAAUGAGAUUAUCUCAUCAAAUUUAUUCAAAAGAUGUUGAUUAUGCUAUAGCUACAUUAUUAGAAUCAUAUGUAUCAUGUCAAAGAUUUGCAGUAGCUAAACAAUUAAGUAAAGAAUUCGCAAGAUAUAGAGCUUUAUUUAGAGGAGGUUAUGAAGUGUUACGUGAAUUAUUAAGAAGAACUGUACAACAAAUGAUACAAAGACAAAACUUAAAAAAUGCCUCUGCAAAAGAUUUCCAAAAUGAUUCAGAAUCAGGAACUGAAAGUGAAGCAGAAAUUUUAAAUCCAAAUAACGUGUUCUUGCCAUUACAUAUAUUUAUGAAAACAGCCAUGCAAAAUAAAUUCUCAGAAUAUCAAGUAGUCAACUGGAUGAAAUCCAAAGUUUUUAAUGAACACUAUGCAGUAAUAAAAAGAGAUGGAGUCGAAGGAAUAAUAAGUAAAAAGUUUAAGGUGUAA